AUGGGUUCCAAACAACGCUCUUGUGGCUCGGCCACUGCCAGAGAACGCCUACGCUGGACACAAGAACUCCAUGAUCGUUUUGUGGAGGCUGUAAAUAGACUUGGGGGCCCUGAUAGUAAGGCAACACCAAAAGGUACACUGAUAGGGAUGAAGGCUAUGGGUGUUCCAGAAUUAAAAAUUUAUCACGUCAAAAGCCAUUUGCAGAAAUACAGGAUCUCCAAAUUGAUUCUAGAGUCCCCCACAAGAGGAAAGCUUGAGAAGAGAAGCAUAUCAGAUAUACUGCCAAAUUUUAGUUCUAUAACUGUUCUUCAUCCAAAGGAAGUCCUUCAAAUGCAGACAGAAAUGCAAAAUCGCUUGAGUGAUAAAAACAGAGAGCUCUUUUCUCUGCUGCGCGCAUCAAUGGCUGAUGAAGCCACAUACCCUUAUACUCUGCAAGAUGCACAAAAUGCAUUGAAUCCCCUAUACAUCCACCCAAACGAGAGCCCAUCCACCGUCCUUGUUUCACCACCGCUCUCAGACGGGAAUUAUCAUAGUUGGUCUCGUGCGAUGAAGAUGAGCCUGUUGACAAAGAACAAGCUAGGAUUUGUUGACAGCACGAUUGUAGAACCACCUAAGAAUCAUGCCGUUUUACCUUUCUGGGAAUGA